CUUGGAGGUUGGAAGCUGAGGCUUGGACGCUUUGGGCAGACCGCGCCACCAUUACUGAAGGUUUGGACAUUUCUCACAGCGGACACUCAUGAGGGUGUAGGAAAUGGUGUAACUGAGGUGGCGAUCAUCAUUGCGACAACCUUGGCUGUUUGAAAGAAUGUAGCUGUUGCUGAGAACUGUCAUAGAGUGUGGAUUGGAGAGGUGGCAACAACAAACUCUGGUGUUCCGCGUGAAGCUCUACCUGUGUGGCAGAUUGAAUUUUGCUGUUACAUUCGUCAGUGUGUUCUUCAUUGCUGCUGUUCUUUCCCCUGUGUAUGCGUGUGAGACACGCACACACACAACUGUCUCUUAUACACAUCUAGAUGUGUAUAAGAGACAGGUGUUCCGCGUGAAGCUCUACCUGUGUGGCAGAUUGAAUUUUGCUGUUACAUUCGUCAGUGUGUUCUUCAUUGCUGCUGUUCUUUCCCCUGUGUAUGCGUGUGAGACACGCACACACACAAGGAGAGAGAGAGAGAGAGAGAGAGAGAGAGAGAGAGAGAGAGAGAGAGAGAGAGAGAGAGAGAGAGAGAGAGAGAGAGAGAGAGAGAGAGAGAGAGGAUGGACGGUGCAGAAUGGGAGAGUAUGCCAAGGACGACAAUUGUCCUUGUAGGGAAGACAGGGAAUGGGAAGAGUUGUACGGGAAAUUCAAUCCUCGGUUGCAAGAAGUUUAAAUCAGCCAAGUGCUUCAGGUCUGUUACGUCGACUUGCCAGCUGGAGUCUGCAGUCAGAGAAGGUGCUGAAGAGAGGUACAUCAGCGUCGUUGACACUCCUGGACUUUUUGAUCCACAAUUCUCCAAGGAAAAGCUGCAAGAAGAGAUCAGCAGAUGCAUGAAUUUGACACCAGAAGGCAUUCACGCUGUGGUUAUAGUGUUGUCGGCACGGUCAAGGUUCACAGCGGAAGAACUUGCUGCAGUGGAUACAGUUGAAGCCAUUUUUGGUGAGAAGGUGGCCAGUUAUCUUAUUAUCUUGUUCACAGGAGGUGACGACCUGGAAGCAGAGGGGACGUCCUUGAGCGAGUAUUUGACAGAUGGCAAAGGAGACUUUUACGGCCUAAGUGCCUUUCUCGAGCGCUGCCGAAAUCGAGUUGUUCUAUUUGACAACAAGACAACAGAUCGUGUGAAGCAGGAACGACAGGUGCAGUGCCUGCUUGACUUGGUGGAUAAGGUGGUGGCCGAGAAUGGCGGUAAGCCUUAUUUAUGUGAGAGCUCCAUCGAGAUGCAAACCCUUGCUCAAGCUAAGGACAGGGAGGAAUUCAUGGAAAAGACGAAACUCACUCGAUCAAAUACAAUAUCUGAGGAAGAGUUUGAGAAGCACAUAGAGGAGCUAAAAAAAGAGCUAGACAGAGACUACAAAGUAAAGUGGAAAAUGUUCCAGGAAAUGGUAUGGCUCUCAAACAAUCAUCAUCAGUUGUCAUUUUUCCUGUUUUACUGCUCAGUGCUCCUCCUCCUCCCUUCCCUUGCCUCUUUCUCCUUCACCUGUUCAAAGCAAUUAUGUGUCGGGUUGUAGACAAUCUCUAGGCUAAGUGCUAGCACACCCUUA